AUGCAAUUUCGAGGAGACGCAGACAGUCGUGGGUCUCGACGCGCUGUGUGUCUGCCACACAUUAUUUCUCUCCCUCUCUCCCUUCGGCGAGAUAUUUGUCUGCACAAUUUAAAUUCUGCGUGUCCCUCGAAUUGCAAAAAAAAAUACAGUGUGAUCAAUAAUUUCCUUUUACAAAAUAUAUUAGUUUGAAUAUACGUCUCCUUCCUCUCAUUUAUGUUCUCUACGUUUUUCACACUCUCUCACAUACUCUACUUUUCUAACUUUGCCCCCUCUUCUCUUCGUGUUUUCACUGUUUUUAUUAUUAUUCCGUUGUGUUAAACUAAAUUCCGCUUGUCUUGAUCAAUCUUGGGUUUUCCAAAUACUGAAAACAUUCAAAUUUUUAUAGGUUUUGUCAAAAAUGCCACACCUUUCAUAAAGAUAUAAACCGUCAUCGAAACUGUUUAAAGAAAUGCCAAAAUUGCGGAAGACAAAAUUAUAUUUGCGGUAUUCCGGAUAAACGUGAAUGUGAGGAUUGUCACAAAUUUUUAUUUUGUGGAUCAACCAAUAAUAAUAUAGAUUAUUUUUCAGAUUACAAGGUUCUAAGAUUCCAUGAAGUUUGGCAUUGGGAUGAUUGGGCAGUUGGCGGAUUCUUCGCACCAAUCAUCAAAUCACUCCUGAAAAUGAAACACGAGACUACAGAUUUUCCUGAUUACGUGAAAACCGUUGCUGAGGAAGAUGCAUUUAUUGAAGCCAUCAAAAAACAUGAAAAUGUUAUUCUUGACAAGGAUUCAAUCAAGAAAAAUCCACCUAUUCGAUUGAUUGCCUAA